AAAUCGCUUUGCUGGCUUUUUGUCGAGAGAGCUAGGGUUUAGGGCUCCUGCCUCGCAAUAAACUUACGAGGCUCCUCAUAAACCUUAAGCGAUCUAUUUCUCUGUGCCGCCUCUUCAGCAACUCUUUCUUCUACCAGAUUUGUCUUUUCCCCGUCUUCUUCCUCAGCAGUUCUCCAGCAGUCGCCCUCGAAGACUAGUAGGUGAGGAUCUUCCCUUUUUCCCGACCCCGAUUCAAGAUAUUGCAAAGGUCCUAUAGAAUGGCUGAGUUUGGCAAGCGAAGUCGUCGUGGGGAUGAUGAUACUGUAGGAAAGAAUCAAAAGAGGAGGGUUGGAAACAAGGAAAAUUUUGAUGAUGGAGACUUGGUUUUGUAUCGCAUACUUUGUCCAGAUAAUGUUAUUGGAAGUGUAAUUGGCAAAGGUGGUAAAGUAAUCAAUUCCCUGAGACAAGAGACACAUGCCAAGAUCAAAGUUGUGGAUCCCUAUCCUGGUGCGCAGAAGAGGGUUAUAAUUGUAUAUUGUUAUGUGAAAGAUAAGGAGCCUGUUGAAGUUGAUGAUGAAAUCACCAAACCUCUUUGUCCUGCCCAAGAUGGUUUGUUGAGAGUCCAUGCUGCUAUUGUAAAUGCCCUGUCAAACACUGAGGAUGAUGACCAACAAGGUAAGGAAGAAGUUGAAUUGCUUGUUCCGACCAGUCAAUCCUCUAACAUUAUUGGAAAGUCUGGGACAAUCAUCAAGAAGUUAAGGGCAAAAACCAAGGCAGUAAUCAAGAUUAAUGCUAAGGAUGCCAGCAAUGCUGCUCAUUCGUGUGCAAUGAGCUUUGAUAACUUUCUUCAGAUAACUGGUGACGCUGUAGCAGUGAAGAAGGCUCUUCUUGCAGUUUCGGCAAUUAUGUAUAAGUUCUCUCCAAAGGAAGACAUUUCACUCGAUACAACAAUUGCGGAAAUUCCACCCAGCAUAAUCAUUCCUUCUGAUGUUCCUAUUUACCCAUCUAGUAACUUCUAUCAUAGCACUGAUGCAAUUGUUGCCCCAUCAAGAUCUGUGCCCUCAGUUAUUGGUGCAACGCAACAUGUACCUGAACUUCACGGAUACACUGAUUCUGCCAGUACUUGGCCUGUGUACUCAUCAACCAUUCCGGUUCUAUCUGGAUAUGGUGGUCCAUCACGCACUGAGGAAUUUGUUGUGCGGGUCUUGUGUCCAUCAGACAAGAUUGGACGUGUUAUUGGGAAAGGAGGGAGCACGAUCAAAACUGUGAGGCAAUCCAGUGGUGCGAGUGUUGAUGUUGAUGAUACAAAGAAAAAAAAUGAUGAGUGUAUCAUCACUGUCUCUUCCACAGAGUCUCUUGAUGAUGUGAAAUCAGCUGCAGUUGAGGCUGUAUUGUUGCUUCAAGGAAAGAUACAUGAUGAAGAUGAUAAAACAGUGUCUAUUCGCCUUCUUGUUCCCACCAAAGUGAUUGGCUGCCUUAUUGGUAAGGGUGGUUCAAUUAUAAAUGAAAUGCGCAAGAAAACUAAGGCUGAGAUUCGCAUCUCAAAGAGUGAAAAGGCAAAAUCUGCUUCUUCAGAUGAAGAGCGUGUGGAGGUAUCCGGGGAGGUAAGUAGGGUACGAGAAGCAUUGCUUCAGAUUAUACUUAGGCUCAGGGAGGAUGCUCUGAAAGAUAGGGAGGGAAGCAAUGCUGUACCUCCUAUCGAUUCUCUUUAUACUAGCAAUUUGUCUGUGCCUCCUCUACUGCCCGGUGUUCAAAGUGUCAGUAGUUUGGGUUAUGAUCAUAGAACUGAACCUGGAAGUGGGCUGGGGUUGCUUUCUAGCAACAGUCUUUAUGGUUACAACUCUCUUCAGGCUGGAGAGAACGCAUAUGGUUCCCUUUCAUCUUACUCAUCAAAGUCUUAUGGAGGAUUGCCGUCAUAUGUUGAGAUGAGUAUUCCCUCACAUGCCAUUGGCAAAGUAUUGGGAAAAGGUGGAUCAAACCUUGCUAAUAUCCGGAAGAUCUCUGGAGCUGAUAUAGAAAUUGUUGAUUCUAAAUCAUCACGCUUUGAGCGUAUUGCACAGAUUUCAGGGACCCCAGAUCAGAAGCGUUCUGCAGAGAACUUGAUUCAGGCAUUUAUCAUGUCAACCUGAACAUCCAUGUUCACUCUUUAGAUGCAGAAAGUUAUCAUCUGUUCUGUAAUAUGGAAUUCAAGUUCACCCUCCUUGGUUCCAUUGUUUUGUUCUGCAGAGGAAGAAAUAGGAUCCAUAAAUUCUUGUUCCUUUAACUUCUACUUUUCCCAUCAAACAGGGUCAUGAAGAACCUUCCAAGAAAAUAGGGGAAACUAGGGGACUUCUCUAUGCCGAUGCCUUUAUGGACAUCUUAGAAGUUUAGGUUCUUUUCUAUUACUCUUUAAUUUUAUGGCUGGUAGAGCAGAUGUCACUAUUGUCAGUAUGGGUGUUCUCUUUAGCAUAUCUUUAGCUGGUUGUCUGGUAUCUUCACACUCUUCUUCUCAAUUAUGUUUCGAAUCUUCUGCAUCCUUUCAUUGUAAGACUGUGCUGUGCUUACACUUUUCCAUCAGAACAAAUGUUUUCACUUAGCUCAUAUCUCAAAGGUGCACUAUUUCUUUGUUUCUGACUUUUGGAGACAUUUUUUUGCUAUAUGAACUUGGAAAUUUUCAA